GAACCUUCCAGACAACCACCAAAGCAUGUUUCCUCUCCUUCUCAUCCUUCUGGGCCUACAUCCAUGUGUCUCUUCUACUCCACCACCGCUUACCUACGGAUGUCAACCUGCCAAAGGUGAUGAAUGCAUCAAAUCAACCUUCAUUCCCGGCCACAGCCUUUUGGGAAUAGGAUUUGACAUUGUAACCUUGAAGAGGACAGAGGCCUACGUAAUAGACAUGCAUAGGUUUUCCGGUAAGAACAAGAAGUGUAGGGUGUGCAAUAACCCACACAAGAACAAUGCCCGGCAGAAGCUGCCCCUUGCUAUUGCCGAUUGGAGGCCUUACAGCUCCUGCUCUAGGAAGAUUACCAGUGACGUCUCCCGUUCUUCCGUCUCAUUGGCCGAGGAUGCCUCAUCAGGAGUGCAAAAUGACUGGAAGGCAGGUUUGGAGCUUCAGGCUCCCGUGGGAAAUGUAAAAGCAGUGCUAGCCGGAUCCCACUCCCAGCUGGCCAAGUUUGUGGAGAGUAAAACUAAUCGUGACCGUUACAGUUUUCUUCGACAUCAGCUCAAAUGUCUCUACUACAGCUUACGCCUCACACCCAAGCCUCCAUUAAGCAAUCAUUUCUGGAAGGAGCUACAAGACCUGCCCAAGACUUACGACACCGGCACACAGCAAACGUUUUACAGGUUCAUUCGAGUUUAUGGCACUCAUUAUAUCAGCCAAGCUGAGGUGGGAGGCCAAGUGUCAGAGGUCACAGCCAUCAGAACCUGCCAAGCGACCAUGGAUGGCCUGUCUUUGGAUGAACUGAAGGACUGUCUCAGCUUGGAGGCCUCUGCUUCUGUCACAGGCAAAAUGGAGGCCAACGCUGAAGCCAAAACCUGCAAGGAAAUGAGCCAGAAAGCCACCCGUGGUGAGAGCUUCCACAAGACCUUCAAUGAAAAAGACUGGCAGAUAUCUGGUGGCAAAGUGACCUUUGAUCUCCUCUCCUUCGACGUCAGUAAAGAUGGCAGUACGGCCGCUUUCGGAGAAUGGAUGGAGAGCCUGAAGUCCCACCCAGAUAUUGUCACCUACUCCCUGGAGUCCGUUCACAACCUAGUGAGAUUCAAAGGGCCACAAAAGGAGAAUCUGAGGAAAGCUAUCAGUGAUUACAUCAUGGAGAAGGCUCUGAGGAAGAACUGUUCCUGCCCAGGGGGCACUUACCCAAACCAGGGGGCGGAGUGUUCGUGUGUCUGUAGCCAAAGCCCUGACAGAAAUGCAAAUUGCUGCCCAACCAGAAGAGGGCUUGCUAAGCUGGCGGUGACCAUCAAUCGAGCCUCAGGUCUCUGGGGGGAUUAUGGGUCUAAAACCGACGCGUAUGUGCAAGUCCUGUUCCGUUCUACAAAGGCGGUGACACCCACCACGUGGAACAAUAAUAACCCCGUCUGGAACGAACGCUUUGAUCUGGGAGUCGUGGAACUGAGCCCCGGGGAAGAGCUGAAGAUCGAAGUUUGGGACGAAGAUAAUAAAUAUGACGAUGACCGCAUUGGGUUUUGUAAACGUACCCUGACCAGCGACUUAAACAAACAAAUCUGCUACUGUGACCAUGGCCGCCUAGAUUAUACUCUGCACGUGGCUUGUCUUCCUCACCUCUCCGGGCCCUACUGCCAAGAUUAUGCCCCUUCUAAAGAAUAGCCCCCCAACUUGUAUAUACACAGGUAUGGGACCUGUUAUCCAGACCUGGGGCUUUCCUUAAUUUAUAUCUCCAUAUCUUAA